AUUCCACAGUCUAGUAGCCCGCCAGUACCAGACUUCCGCACCCCUUUAUCGAAGAAGUCGAGGGGUAAUGAAGUCGCCGUGACGAACGCGUCGGAGUCAGGAGGAAGUAGUUAUAAGGAUACACCGCCUACGAGUGAUCCUGUGGAUGUGGACAUGCUGUCUCCAGAUGAGGAUACUGAGACGGUGCCGCAGACCAAGUCUAGUCGUUUGAAGCGAAAGGCAUCGAUGGUUGUGGACUCGGACGAGGAGGUAGAAGAAGUCCAGAGUAUCGAUGCGAAAGCGUACAAGAAAGGCUUGUCUGCGUACAGACCCUCACCUCCGCCUGCCAACUCGAAUGGCCGUGCGAAGAAACUCCGCGUUUCAUCAACUGAGGUUGAGUCUGAGAACGAGGAAGAGGACGGUCGUCCCUCUUUUGCCGGCAAGCUCAACAAGUUCAAAAAAUCUCCAGUGAAGAAAUCUCGUAAGUCCAAAUCAUCCGACGACGACGACUUUAUCGUCCCAGACGACGAAAUCGAACUUCCUUCUGAUGACGAUGACGAUCGUCCAACUCGCGCACGUUCUACUUCCCGCUCCUCCGGCCGUUUUUCCCGUGCUUCUUCCUCCCAUUCGCACCCCGAUACCACCGAUGCGGACGAUGACAUUGACGACGACGACGACGAGCCGUCGUCUAAGUCGAAGAAGGUACCCAGCCGACCCGCGUUGAAGAAAAAUAACGGGGCGAGUGCCAGUGGUGGUCGCGGGGGCGGGGGCGGGAGUAACAGUUUCGUGACGAAGGCGGAGAUGAGGGCGAUGGCGACCAAGGAUGAGAAGAAGUCUCAGGAGAAUCCGUUUGGAUUUUUGCUGGAUCCUAUGGACAAAGACCAAGUCCACCCAGGUCAGAAGGGAUACGAUCCGAGGACUCUGUACAUCCCGAAGAGCGUGUGGAAGGAGUUUUCUCCGUUCGAGACGCAGUUCUGGGAGAUCAAGCAGAACCACUAUGACACGGUCUUGUUCUUCCAGAAAGGGAAAUUCCUCGAGCUGUAUGAAGAAGAUGCUCGCAUCGGUCACCGAGAAUUCGAUCUCAAGCUUACGCAGCGCGUCAAGAUGUCCAUGGUCGGUGUUCCGGAGAUGUCGUUCAACUUCUGGGCCGCGAAAUUCCUCGCAAAAGGUUACAAAGUCGGACGCGUCGAUCAAGUGGAGACUGCCCUCGGUGCGGAGAUGAGACUUGCUUCAGAUAAGUCGAAGGGCAAGAAAACCGCAGGGGAAAAGAUCGUACGACGGGAGUUGAAUAAAGUCUACACGAACGGAACGCUCGUCGACGAAGAGCUCCUUACGGACGAGCAAGCAGGGCAUUGUGUUUCCAUUCGCGAGUCGGAUCCCGAUGACUUCCCAGGUGCUUCUACAGGCAGUGCUGGUGGCGGAGGUGCAUUUGGUAUCUGCGUUCUCGACAGCGCGACUAGCGAAUUCAAUCUUUGUGCUUUUGAGGACGACGUGUGUAGAACCAGGCUGGAGACGUUGAUGAGGCAGUUGAGAGUUAAGGAGAUUGUGUUUACUAAGGGUAACCUCUCCGUCGAGACCACUCGGCUUCUCAAGUCUCUCCUGCCUGCGACUUGUCUUUGGACCUCAUUGAGGGAUAAGAAGGAAGGGUUCGAUUACGAGACCACAAUCGAGGAGCUCAAGCAGCUAUAUCCACCCUCCGAAGCAGGAUCAGAUUCCCAGACGCAGAAUGAGGAAUCUAUGAUAGAGGAUGAGGCGAUGGAGGGCAUGGAGGGCGUCCCUAAGGCAAUUAGGGAUAUGCUCAAGUGCAAGAGUGCAGUCGAGUCGUUGGGAUCGAUGAUCUGGUACCUCCGUCAACUCAACAUCGAUAAGGAUAUUCUCACCAUGCGCAACUUCAAUGUCUACGAUCCUAUGAAACGUGGGCAGGGGCUCGUGUUGGAUGGACAAACGUUGGCGCAUAUUGAGGUGCUGGUGAAUAAUGAGGGGACGGAGGAGGGAAGCCUGUUGGAGCUUUUGGGAAGGUGUGUUACGCCGUUUGGCAAGCGACUGUUCAGGAUUUGGCUAUGCAUGCCCUUGAGAGAAAUCAAGGAUAUCAACGCUCGCUUGGACGCUAUCGAGGACCUGAUGCGCGACCUCUCCUUCGAGGAGCAGUUCGUCAAGGUUGCCAAGGGACUUCCGGACCUUGAACGCAUCGUAUCUAGAAUCCAUGCCAAGAACUGUAAGGUCAAGGAUUUCCUGAAGGUUCUCUCUGCAUUCCGCCGCCUCAGCGAAGGACUCGCGGAGCUGGCCGACGCUUCUGAAUCAUUCAACUCCAAGACGAUCUUGGGUCUUCUUAGAUCUGCGCCUGACCUUGAACCACAUAUCAAGAAUGUGCAGUCGAAGUUCAAAAGGCCGGACAAGGAUAACACGGACGAGUUGAUUCCGGUCGAGGGCAAGGACGAGGCCUACGACGAGAUAUCGGCAGAGAUCAAGGAGCUCGAGGACGAGCUGGAGAAGGAACUGAAGAAGUUGAAGAAGCAGCUUGGAUGUGAUUUAACGUAUUGGCACAGUGCACAAGGGACAAAGGAAAUCUAUCUCGUUCAGACCAAGGCUGGACAAGAGGAUAUCCCGAGAAAUUGGGUCAAGAGCGGUGCUACUAAAGCUGCCACUCGCUGGGUAGUCCCCUCCCUCUCCGCCACCAUUCGCUCGCUCAAAGAAGCCCGCGAGACACGCAACGCAACGAUCAAAUCCUACAAACUCCGUCUCUUCGAAGAAUUCGACAAAGAUCGGGGCGUAUGGCUGCGCGCCAUCCGCGUCCUGGCCGAGUUGGACUGUCUGUUCAGUCUGGCGAAGUCAUCUCAGGCGAUGGGAGAGCCUGUCUGCAGGCCUGAAUUUGUGGAGACGGAUGGAGAGGCGUGGGUAGAUUUCGUAGAGUUAAGGCAUCCGGCGUUGGCUGUGAGGACUAAGGGGGAUUUCAUCCCGAAUGAUGUGAAGCUGGGUGGGGAGGUGGGAAGAAUUGCGUUGUUGACGGGUGAGUUAAUAUUUGGAGGAAAAUCUACGGUCAUGAGGAUGACUGCUACCGGUGUCAUCAUGGCCCAACUGGGCAUGUACGUACCGGCGCAGAAGGCCAGGCUAUCUCCGGUCGAUUCGAUCCUCACUCGUAUGGGAGCAUACGAUAACAUGUUUUCCAACGCCAGUACUUUCAAGGUUGAGUUGGAUGAAUGUUGCAAGAUCUUGCGAGAUGCGACACCAAGAUCCUUGGUGAUUCUUGAUGAACUGGGUAGAGGAACUUCAACUUACGACGGCAUGGCCAUUGCUGGAGCUGUCCUACAUCAACUCGCCACUCACACUCUGGCUCUGACCUUCUUCGCCACACACUAUGGCUCCCUCACUGAUGAUUUCGCUUACCACCCGAACAUCAGAAACAUGCACAUGGAGACUAUGGUGAACGAAGAGAAGCGCGAGCUUGUAUUCCUCUACAAACUCAUCGAUGGCAUCGCUUCAUCUUCCUUCGGAACCCACGUCGCCAACCUUGCCGGCGUUCCUCUCGAAGUCGUUCAACGAGCAGAAGUCGUCUCCAAAGACUUUGCUCGCCAAUUCAAGGAGAAGGUCGAUGGAAAGAGAAAGAAGUCGGCCACAGGACGACUUCCGCUCGUUGCGCAGGCGAACUUCGCGUUCUUGUAUGGAUUGGUCACAGGUGCGAAGGCCAUGGACGAGAACCCCGUGAGGCAGAGGGAGGUCUUGAGAAGGAUGAAGGUGGAGGUACUGAAGUGUCUCGAGGAGUAA